GUACGUUUUAAAAUCUAAUUUUCACUAGUGAAAAUGGUCAUUUCUGAUAUCAUGAAUUCCUUUUCGGAUAUGCGCAUAAUAAUAAAGAAUGCUCAUAAAUAUUCAAAUAAGUGUUUUUAAGCCUCAAUCCAGUUCAUUGGCUAGCAGAGUUGCUUGCAAUGCAGUUAGGCUGGAAAUGGCGAACGAGGUUUUAAGACAAAUUGAAAGGCAUUGUUUUGCCAUUGAAAGAGCAUACCAUCAUGGUUUUUGUGGUCCAAGACAUUUACAUGCAAUGGAUGCAUGUAUAAGAAAUGUAUCAAGAGUGGCCAAUCAAUUAAGACCAGAGACUGUGGAUGAACUGAAAGACUCUUUGGUCCACCUAAAAGGGAUUUUGCUGGUGCAAUUUGAACAGCAAGACCAGGCCUACUUUGCUGGGCGAAUAUAUUCAGGUGUACGUGGAAGACCUAAAAUGAAUAUAUCCAAACAGCAAAUUGAGUUUCUUAUGAAACAGGGACACACCAUUAAACAGAUGGCAAAGAUGCUGUGCUGCUCUUCUUCAUAUCUGUACAGAAAAACAAAAUCAUUUGGAAUCCCUACACGAAAACUACAAGGACAAGUGAUGGAUGCGGAGCUCAUAGAGCAAGUCAGAAGACUUCACAGUCUCUAUCCCAAUACGGGUAGUGAGAUCAUGAGGGGACUGCUUCGUGCUGAUGGGUUGUUUGUCCAGCGACGUAGGGUCCGUGAAACCCUAACACAAAUAGAUCCAGCUGCGGCUGCACGCAGGUGGAGUAGUGCCAUUGCCAGGAGAGUUUACCAUGUGCCUCAUCCCAACAGUCUAUGGCACAUAGAUGGAAAUAUGCGGCUAAUUAGGUGGGGUUUUGUUGUACACGGAGCCAUUGAUGGGAAAUCCCGCCUCAUAACCUACUUGACCUGCAACACAAACAACCGUGCCUCCACUGUGCUGACCCAGUUUGUGAAGGCAACAUGUCUUUAUGGUCUUCCUUCUCGAGUACGAUCUGACCAUGGUGGGGAAAAUUCGCUAAUCGCCCUCUUCAUGAAUCUUGUGCAAGGUGUGGAACGGAGAAGUCACAUUACAGGAGAAUCUGUUCAUAAUCAGCGCAUUGAGCGGCUCUGGAGAGAUGUUUUCCUGCAUGUGCUCCAGUCUUUCUACAACUUAUUUUACACUCUAGAGGAUUCUGAGCUCCUUGAUCCAGCUGAUGAUGUUCACAAGACCUCCCUGCAAAUUGUUUUCCUGCCGGAAAUUCAGAAGAGUCUGGAUCAGUUCAGAAAUGGUUGGAAUCACCACAAAAUAAGAACAGAGAACAACAAAACACCUGUCCAAAUAUGGACCGCAGGAAUUCUUACCAACAUGGAAACAAACUGCAGAGCCAUCAACAACGUUUUUGGUGAGGAUCCCUAUAGCACACAAACUCUAGAAGAUGCGUUGGCACAACAUGGCAUAAACAACUUUCCUGUGUACGACGAUGAUGUUCAUUUUCCAGCUGUAGUCCUGGAGGAACCCAGAAUCAAUCUGAGCCACCAGCAUCAGCAAAACAUCAUGCGGACAAUUGAAGCCAUCCCAGAUGUGACCGCUAAGUAUCAGACCUGCUGCAGAGAAAUUGCAGAUACAUUACAGAAUGCCUGAAAUCAACUUGAUAAAGCAUGUUUGUUGUCCAUAUUACACUCCACUGUGUUUGAAAUUAUGUGUUCAAAAUAACAUUUGGAGAAAUAAAUGUGGAAGUUAGGAUUUCUUAGUGAAGAGAAUAAAAAAGUCCCCGUACAUCUCUUUAAAUCUGCUGUCUUUAAUUAAACAGUUAUUUUACUUUCAUACUUGUAAAUAUUUUAUGUUUAGAUGUUUUAGGCUUGUGAUGGUGAAAUUAAGAAUACUCUAAUUUGGCAAGGUGAGAGCCACAAAAUAACAAUGUACUAAUCGUGCUCAAAUAGCUUAACUCUUUCCCCGCCAUUGACAAGUUAUGUCGUCAUUUAAAAAUCAACCGUUCCCUGCCAAAGACGAGUUAUUACGGCAAUCGGUGUUUGUAAUGUUGUACAGCAGGUGGCGUUGUUACACACCUUUGGAAAAAGUACAGAAUCUCUGAACCUAGAACGCACAUAUUUUAUCUGUUUUUAUCCUUGUUCUGAGUCUAAUCAUGGUGUAGUCUUUGACUACAAUUUUUUUAUUAUCUCGGCUGUUUAAUAAAAGUGAUGCAUUUUUGAAGAAACCUGCCCACAUAUA